AUGCGGACAACAACCUUGCUCGGAGGUGCCAUCUUCCUGGCCGCUGCAGCUGAGGCGGCGUGCCCUAUGAUGACAGGGGAGCUCAAUGCCCGUGACAUACCGGAGAACCCUCAUGCGUUUGAUCGUCGUGACACUGAGGAAUUCCUAUCUCAAUUCUACCUCAAUGAUAGCAACUCGUACCUCACUAGCGACGUCGGCGGACCCAUUGCCGACCAGAACAGCUUGAAGGCUGGCGAACGAGGUCCGACUCUGCUGGAAGACUUUGUUUUCAGGCAGAAAAUCCAGCACUUUGACCACGAGCGAGUCCCCGAGCGUGCCGUACAUGCCCGUGGUGCUGGCGCCCAUGGAGUCUUCACUUCGUAUGCGGACUGGUCUAAUAUCACAGCUGCGUCUUUCCUCGGCGCUGCUGGCAAGGAGACUCCUGUAUUCGCUCGUAUCUCGACUGUCGCCGGAAGCCGUGGCAGUGCAGACACUGCUCGAGACGUCCACGGAUUCGCGCUUCGCUUCUACACCGAUGAGGGCAACUAUGACAUUGUUGGCAACAACAUCCCCGUCUUUUUCAUUCAAGAUGCGAUUCUGUUCCCGGACCUCAUCCAUGCCGUGAAGCCACACCCCGUAAACGAAAUCCCCCAGGCUGCCACUGCCCAUGACACAGCCUAUGACUUUUUUAGCCAACAGCCCAGCUCGCUGCACACGCUCUUCUGGGCCAUGGCCGGUCAUGGUAUCCCUCGCUCGAUCCGCCAUCUUGAUGGUUUCGGUAUCCAUACCUUUCGCUUCGUGACCGACGACGGUGCCUCGAAGCUGGUCAAGUACCACUGGACUUCUUUGCAAGGCCGUGCCAGUCUGGUCUGGGAAGAGGCACAGGCUGCCGCUGGAAAGAAUGCCGAUUACCUGCGCAAGGAUCUAUACGACAACAUUGCUGCUGGCCGCUUUCCGGAGUGGGAGCUCGGUGUUCAAAUUAUCGACGAAGAGGAUCAACUCAAAUACGGCUUUGACCUGCUCGAUCCGACAAAGAUCCUUCCAGUGGAGGAUGUGCCCAUCACUCCUCUUGGAAAGUUCCAGCUCAACCGCAACCCUUACAACUACUUUGCCGAGACCGAGCAAGUGAUGUUCCAACCCGGCCACAUUGUCCGCGGCAUCGACUUUUCCGAGGAUCCUCUUCUCCAAGGCCGUCUGUUCUCAUACCUCGACACACAACUCAACCGAAACGGCGGGCCUAACUUUGAGCAAAUCCCUAUUAACCGUCCUCGCGUGCCUUUCCACAACAACAACCGCGAUGGAGCUGGCCAAAUGUUCAUCCCUCUCAACCCCGCGGCCUACUCGCCCAACACAUUGAACAACGGUUCUCCCAAACAAGCAAACGAGACACAAGGCAAGGGCUUCUUCUCAGCGCCCAAACGCAAAGUCAACGGCGGCCUGUACCGCGCAACCAGCCCGACAUUCGCCGAUGUUUGGUCGCAGCCUGGACUGUUCUACAACUCGUUGAACCCCACCGAGCAGCAGUUCCUGAUCAACGCUCUGCGGUUUGAGCUUUCCAACAUUCAGAGUGACGUGGUCAAGAACAACUUCAUCAUCCAGAUCAACCGCGUCAACAACGAUCUCGCCAAGCGCAUUGCCGAAGUCAUUGGUGUUGCGGCCCCGGAGCCUGAUUCUACCUACUACCACCACAACAAGACCUCCAAUGUCGGCACCUUUGGCACUCCCUUGAAGAAGAUUGAUGGUUUGACAGUGGGUGUUCUCGCCACAGUCAGCGACAACAGCAGCAUCACUGCCGGACAGACGCUCGCCAAAGACCUGGCAUCUUCCAACGUCGACGUGGUCGUUGUCGCCGAACACCUCACCAGCAGCGGCGAUGUAUCUGCCACCUACUCCCAAUCCGAUGCAACCAGCUUUGACGCCGUCAUCGUGGCUCCCGGUGCCGAGGCUCUCUUCAGUAAGAACUCGACCUCCAACACAACCGUGACAUUCUACCCAGCCGGCCGCCCGGCCGAGAUCCUGGUCGACGCAUUCCGCUUCGGAAAGCCUGUUGGCGCCGUGGGCAGCGCUGACUCUUCCUUGUCCACUGUUGGCAUUAACGCCAGUCGUUCGGGUGUGUACACGAGCGACUCUGUCGAUGACUCGUUUGUCAGCGAUGUCAAGGCCGGACUUAAGGCGUUUAAGUUUUUGGACCGUUUUGCGCUGGACCACUAG